CCACUUGCUCGUUCUCCCAUCUCAUGCCCGUCUCCUUCCUCUGCACUCCUCCGCCUCACCCAAACAGCUCUGGCAAUGGAGUCAUCUUCCUCCUCCAUCAGGCGCCGCACUACCCCGCCUGCUCUACCGCUGAUCCCAUGCCCAUUCUGCAGAGAUAGGAUCAUCACAAACAUUUGCGGCCCCCGCGGAUCCCAGCCGGGGAACCGCUACUACAAGUGCUGCAAGAAAGAUUCUGGGAAAUGCCCGUUCUACGAGUGGCAGGAAGGUUACGAAGCGUACCUGGUGGAGCAAUCAGCUGCGGACGGAGCAGCACACAACCAAGAAAUUUUUCAAGCUUUGCCAAGAACAGUAGCUCAGAGGGGCAGCUUCCUUGGAGCUCGUCAGCUACAGGACCUCGUUAGGUUCAACACCAUGCUUGGCAUCGCCAAUCUGUUGGCCACUCUGCUGCUCAUCGCCUUCGCAUUUGUUGUAUUCGUCACGAUGUACUUUGCUCGUUAGUCAUAGCUCUUGCAUCGGAUCCAGUGUGACUGUAUCUGUAAUUUGGUACCGAAUGUCUUCUUGCCUUGGCUAUUAUGAAGAAUGUUUAUGGGAGUGGCUCUGUUUUCCAAAUUA